AUGUCGCUCUCUGUUUUGACAGCGCUGUGUUUGCUGACAUCGGUGCUUUCUAAAAGCGUCCCUCAUUACCAAAAUCCUCGCUCCCUCUCUCCAUCUUUGCUGAGAGUAGCGAGAGACAACGGGGCUCAGCCACCGUCGGGAAUACUACCCCAAAACUUGAGGCAAGGAGCACACCCCCCUGGGGGACAACCCCUACCCCCUAGCGGUCCCCCCACGGACCUCCCCGAAGGCAGAGCGCAGGGUCCGGCCCAGGAUCCACGCCCUCCAGCUCCACGCCUUGGUUAUUACUCCGCAGCCGCAAGACCCCGUGCUCCAGCAGGUCCGCCGGCUCCGAACCUUCGCCCAGGACGCCCAGGCACGGAGGCUGCCGCCUUAAUGGAGGCCCCUCAUCCUCCCCAGCCCUCCCCCUGCCGGUCCCCCCAGCUCUGGGCCCAUAGCGCUGCUCGUGAACCCUGA